AUGGUGGAGGAUGAGAAGAAGCUCAUUGAUCCAAAGUUUCCUUUCCGGGAAGAUCUUCUCAAAGCUGUUGAUGAAGAUGAUGACGAUGAUGAUGAGGAACAGGAGAAGGGAGGGGAGUCGGAAGUGUCAACCCCUAGUGAGCCAGCCCCAGUUGUGAAUCCUGAGACAGCUGCUCCUGAUGUCAUGCCUGCAACCUGUUCUUCACCAGCUCCAAGCCUUGCCCCAACCAUGAGUGAUGAUGAGGGAAGUGUUGCAGGGUGUGAGCCGCCUCCAUGUGAUCCCUGUGUUGGCCAGCCAGUAGUAGAGCAGCCUCCUGCUGGCCCCAACCCGCUGGAUGAGAAGCCUUCCCAGUUGGUUAUGAUUUCGGAUGAGGAGGGUGAGGGGACCUGUCCUGUUAAGGCACAUGAUCCUGACUGGCCGGAGUGGUUUGACCCAUUGGUAGAAGAUUCCCAACCUGAUCCCGAUUGGCGUUACACUGCCCCAAAGCCUGAAGAACCACAACCUUCAGCCUCCACUUACAGUUGCCUUUCAGCAGAGUUGAAGCAGAAGCUCCGCCUCAAGGUUGCCAAGAUCCCAACUGAUGUUCAACAGACCAUCCCGCUUUCGGAGGAAGUAUCUGAGGCUUUGGCUGCCCAAUGGGUCCAAGAGCAACAGCAACCUGAGGUGGUGGCUGCUAGUCCUGCCAAGCCUCUGCCUUCUCCAGAACCGGAGGUGCUGGGUGAAUCAAAGGAGCAGGGUGGGCCUACUGACAUGAAGGUUGAUGAGCCUGAUCAACUGGUGGCCGAUGAUGAGACAGAGAAGCUUCUCAAAGCCAAAACCUUGGUCUUGGGAGAGACUGACGAUACUAUCGAAGAUGCGGGUGGUCCACCUCUUACCCGUGAGCAGCAGCGUGCUUUCAGGAAGUCUCAAGCACGUGGAGCUGGCAAGGAUUCCCCUUCCCGCAAGUCUCCAGCCAAGAAAUCUCAAAGGGCCAAACCUGCUGCGACCCCCGAAACCAAACCGAAGCGAAAGCGCGGAGCAGCCAAUGACACAGCCAAUGACACUGAAACCACAGAGCCAAAGUGUGCCAAGCGUGGAACAAAACCUGCAGCUCUGGCUGUCAACCCUGUCCCCAUGGAGGUGAAAUGGUUGACGGAGCCGGGAAGGUCAUUCGAGGAUCGCCUUGACCCAGAGCUUGCCAGAGGCCUCCAUGCCGCUAUCCAACAAGAGGUUGAAACGGAGCCUCCUGGAAGUCAGCGGGGCAGGUGUGGACAAAUGGGGUGGGCUGCGGAAUCAUUGGGGGUAUGGCGCUUCGUUGAGAUGUUUGCUGGAGAAGCCAAUGUCUCCAAAGCAUGCUUGGAGCGAUCCCUUCCUGGAGUGAGCUGUGACUACAUCUAUGGUGGGUUAGCGAUCCUGGCCGUGCUGCGACUGGAGCCACAAUCUCUGGGACUGCUGGCGCAACGGUCCGAUGCUGUCCCCUUGGCGCUGCCUUCUCUUGAUUCGCGUGGACAGAAGAGAUCUACUGGUGUGAAGAAGCGCUUGAAGACGUCACAGACCUUUGGCUGUGAUGUGGUGGAUGUGCAGUUCCAACCAGAAUUUGCUCAGCCCUGCGGCCUCUUCGUCGAAGGAUACUCGAGCGGCUCUGCUGGUGGGAGCAUUCUUGAUACCACAGAGGCUGCCACCCCUGCCGAGCCUCCACAAGGACAUGGGGCCUUUCCAGACCCAGCUUUGCCUAAGCAGGUGCCAGGCGAAGGGGAGGUGCCACCGACAGUCGCAGGGCCCAUGCCAGGGUUCAAUACAACCAUGGAAACACUGGAGAAAGAAAUGAUGGAACGGUUGCAACUGAAAAUGUUAGAACUUGAGGAAUCUUUCACACGAGAGAUCCACGAAAAGAAACGAGUAGCUGAGCAGGAGUUGGAAAAAGAGUACAAUGGCAAACGUGCCAAGCUCGAUGAAGAAAUUUUUGACUUACAGGAAAACUUGGUACACCAGCAGACACAGCUUGCUCUUGCCAGUGAACAGCUCCAGGAACGCAUGCUUCUUGUUUCAGAUGAACAAAAGUGUCUGGAUGAUUUGCGGGAGAAAACCAGACAGAUGAAGCUGCAGCUUGAAGCUGCGGCUGAUCACGACCCUCCAAUGCACCCACCGCCCUGUACUCCAAGUUCUAAAGCCAAAGAGUUGUUGAAAAAGAAGUUGGAACAAACUCAGAAAAAACCAGCUGUGCCCAUUUCUACCCCGAGCCCGGCAUCGCUUCCCAGUGCUGUGCGCCCUUCAGAGAAUACUGGUGACUUGGGUGAGGUGUCUGUGAAUGGGCCUAUGGUGCCAGUUUCCGACCAGAGGUUCACAAGCUCUACCCACCCCCAAGCAUGGCAUUGCCUCUACCGCAUGUGUCGAAAACCGGAUGGCAUUGACAAAGAGAUCUAUGACAAGUGGCAUUCAGGUGGUGCCAAGCGGGACCAGUUGCUCAAGGACUUUGUAUGUCGAUGCUUUGCCCCGGCUGAUGACUUCAACAAGAACAAGGCGAAGUUGCAGGCUUUGAUCACACUUCGCCAAAAGACCAGCCAGUGGCGUCGCAACCUGCAAGGGUACUCAUGGCACACGGAGGAAGAGAUGAAAACAGUUCUGAAGUGGAGCCAGUCAAAAGUGGAUGGUGCCGUCAAAUAUUGCACGAAGCGAAAGAUGACCAAGAAGUGCAUCUACGAUGUGACUGCUUUGAAGUUUCUUGUCCAAACCAGGGAUGAUGUGGAAGCUGGGGAUGAGAAGAUCAAAGAACUAGAAAGUGAGAUGCGUGAGAUUGGCCUGUUCGAUUCGGAAUUUUCCUUAGGAGAUGUGCUGGAUGAAGGGGAAGAUGAACAGAGUGCAUCCCCGAACAACGGACCCAAGAAAAAGAAACUGGAGGAGUACCCUGAUGUUGAAGGGGAUGAGUCGCUCCCAGAAUACAUAGGCCAAUAUAAAAGGGCAUGCCUUAGCAGGAAGGCACUUUUGAAAACCACGAAAGAACGCUUGGAGAAGGACAAUGUGAGCCCAGCUGACUACAAGCUUCUUGGUUGCAGUGGGUUUCAACUCUUGUUCAAAGCUUCAUUUCAUGUUCUUCCCCAGCUAGUGGAAAUCCUAAACUUGUGGUGUUUCAGAUCCAAGGUCUGA